GUACAUUUAGUGUGGAAUUGACUUUAGCGAAACAGAAUGAAAUAAUAAUAACACACAUGAUCCGAUGAGGUUGACAUCAUGCUGUCAGAAUGAUGACAAUGAUGAGGAUGCUAAGUUUACAUAAUAAUAAUAAUAAUACUGCUGUGCUGAAAUAUAAGACUGUAAAAUACUGCAAUGAGUCCAAUCUCAAGACAUAUCUGUCAAAUCUUACUCGUGUGUCACUGAAAUAUUAAUAUACUGUCUAUGACUGUACAGAUAAUGUGUCACAUUUCUGCCUGUCUUCUCUCUCUCUCUCUCUCUCUCUUUUACCUGCAGCUCUUUCGAGAAGUGAGGAUUAUGAAGGUUUUAGCUCAUCCUAAUAUUGUGAAGUUAUUUGAAGUCAUCGAAACGGAGAAGACACUUUAUUUAAUUAUGGAGUAUGCAAGUGGAGGUGAGGUGUUUGACUACUUAGUUGCACAUGGGAGGAUGAAGGAGAAGGAAGCCAGAGCCAAGUUUCGACAGAUUGUGUCUGCAGUGCAGUAUUGUCAUCAGAAGAGAAUCGUUCACAGAGAUCUGAAGGCUGAGAACCUGCUGCUGGAUGCAGAUAUGAAUAUAAAGAUAGCUGACUUUGGCUUCAGUAAUGAGUUCACCAUCGGCAGUAAGUUGGACACCUUCUGUGGAAGUCCUCCAUACGCCGCUCCUGAACUCUUUCAGGGGAAGAAGUACGAUGGGCCCGAGGUGGACGUCUGGAGUCUGGGAGUCAUCCUUUACACCCUUGUCAGCGGCUCGCUUCCCUUCGAUGGACAAAAUUUAAAGGAGCUGAGAGAGAGAGUAUUAAGAGGGAAGUAUCGCAUUCCCUUUUACAUGUCCACAGACUGUGAAAACCUGCUGAAGAAACUGCUGGUGCUGAACCCUGGAAAACGCGGCAGUCUCGAGCAAAUCAUGAAGGACCGCUGGAUGAAUGUGGGUCAUGAGGAAGAGGAGCUGAAGCCCUACACAGAACCUGAAGCGGACUUCAGUGACACUAAACGCAUCGAGCUCAUGAUCACUAUGGGUUUCCCUAAAGAGGACAUCACAGAAGCAUUAUUGGAUCAGAAGUAUGAUGAGGUCAUGGCCACAUAUCUCCUGCUGGGCAGAAAACCUCCAGAGUUUGAAGGGAGUGAAUCGGUUUCCAGCACAAAUCUGUGUCAGAGGUCACGACCCAGCAGUGAUCUGAACAACAGCAGCAGCAGCACACAUUCACCUGCACACUCCAAAGUCCAGCGCAGCGUCUCCAGCACUCAGAAGCAACGGCGAUUCAGCGAUCACGUGGCUCCGUCCAUACCUCCAGCCGUCUCUUACACCAAACGCUCUCAGGCCAACAGUGUGGAGGGAGAGAAGAAAGACGAAUGCAAGCUGUCCUCCUCCAGCUCAAAGGGAGACGUGCCCGCCUCACCUCUGGUGACUCAAGAGCGCAGGAAAUCCUCCACAGCGUCAGGGAAUAGUGCUACUGGAGGAAUGACCAGAAGAAACACGUAUGUGUGUGAACGCUCCAGUACAGACAGACACUCGGCCAUCACCAAUGGCAAAGACAGCAGUUUGACUGAAGUGUCGACCUCGGCGAGUGGUUCUUCUUCAGUUUCUCCUGGAGGGUCCUCAGUGCCGGCGUCCACUCGCCCGCGCCAUGUCAAGUCCAUGUCAGCAUCAGGCCAUCCAACCAAAUCCCCGCUCCCGCCCAUCGAGGACAACGCCGAAUACAAGAGCUCGGUGUCCAGGGCUCCCUCGACCUCUCCAUCAGCUCACAGCAUCAGCAGCAUGACACCCGACCGCACCCGCUUUCCUCGCGGCACCUCCAGCCGCAGCACCUUCCACGGGGCACAGCUCCGAGACCGCCGCAGCGCCACCUACAACGGCCCGCCCGCCUCGCCCACCCUGUCACAUGAUACGGGGGCUUUGGCCCAGGCCCGAAGGGGAACCUCGUCCGGCUUCAUCAGCAAACUCACCUUAAAGUUUGCUCGCAGGUUACCGAGUGAAGGCGAUGCCCGCGCUCGGGCGUACAGCUUGAGGAGCGGAUCCGGCGAACCCAAAGAGGAGGCUCGCGACUCCAAGCCCAGAUCGCUGCGUUUUACCUGGAGCAUGAAGACCACGUCCUCCAUGGAGCCCGGAGACAUGAUGAGAGAAAUCCGCAAGGUGCUGGACACCAACAACUGCGAUUACGAGCAGCGCGAGCGCUUCUUGCUUUUCUGCGUCCACGGCGACGCCCGCCAGGAGAGCCUCGUCCAGUGGGAGAUGGAGGUGUGCAAACUGCCACGCCUCUCCCUCAACGGCGUGCGCUUCAAACGCAUCUCGGGGACGUCCAUCGCCUUCAAGAACAUCGCCUCGAAAAUCGCCAACGAGCUGAAGUUGUAAGCCAAGACUGCUUCUGUUUAAAGCUACUGCUGUAAUGUUUAGUGGAGAUAAGAACACAUGAUGAAUGCAAAAGAUGAAACGAGAAAAACAAGCGCCCUCGCCUGACCUCUCGCAUAUACACCUGGUUAUUACAACCAUCUUGCAAUAAUAAAGAAAAGCCCUUCAGGGUGGACUCUGUGGAAGGAAUCCCACAUGUACAGUUGCUGUAUCAUACAAACCUCUCAGUCUACUGAUGUGUGAAGGUGUUUGUAUAGUCGCUGAAGGGUUGUGUACAGAACAAACUAUCUGACAGUAUGUCCGUCUUUUAUUUCAUUGAUUUCUAGAGGUUUUUUUUUUUAGGUCACUCGUCUGUUUUAACUUUGCGAUCCCCUAUUGUUUUUAAUGGAUUGUUCAGUCAAUAAGGAAUAGUUUUCUUACCCUCAUGUCAUUUCAAAGCCGUCAACUGUUAAGGUUCAGGAAUCUCCACGCUGCUUUUUAUCUACACAACUGAUCAUGAAAUGACUCCUAAAGGGCUGACAGCUGUAUGUUGUGUCGAUCCGUAUGUGUUGAUAAGGUCAUCACCGUUCCUGAAUUUCAGUCUGAAGUUUCCUGUCCAUUUCUCACACACACACAGCUGUCAGGUGAAUGUAUACACUACUGUUGUGAGGUUAUGAAUGAUGACUGAGUGUCUUUCACACACAAUAACGGCAAGUGGCUUUGAACCGACAUGUGGCUGAGUAAACAAUCAUUCACUUCUUUUACAGAGAUAUUUGAAGCAGAAGUGUUAGGAUUGUAUUUACAGUCAUUCCAUACAACACUCUGAGACUACAGGUCAUGUGCGUAUGAAUGAAGAACCCGUCAGCUCCACAACGCUGAGCCCUAGUUGACUUCUCAUUCCAGAUUAGCUCUUUAACAUAAACAUUUAUUUAUUAAGCCAUUCUAUGCCUUUAAGUUGUAUUAACUGUAGAGAAUGCAUGACUUUAUUUUGUAAAACUAGUUUCUUUUGUAAUUCGUGAUGAUGAUGAUGAAGGAUGAAGACCACUCGUACUGGUACGUUUCUACUUUUGUACUGAAGUAUCCGAGGUUAAAUGUGCAAUGCUGUCUAUGUUGUAUUACUGUAAUGCUGUGCAGAGACUGCACACUGCUAAGGGAAGAUGAAGAGUAUUUAAAGGCUGAAAAUGACUGAAGGCUAAAGCUGUGAUCAAAUACCGACUGUGAUGAUCCACUUUUGUUUCCACCACAGAUUUCAUUUUUUAUUGUUGUUAUUGUUUUGUUACGGCUUUCUGGAUGAGACUGAUGGCUGAAGUGAACCCAUCUCACCCUGGUUUCUGUGAACAUGGUACUGUACAUCUGUGAGAGAAAAGACUCGGCCCCACAGGAGCACAUUAAAGCUUACUUGAAACAA